ACACACCGAGAGACGGGCAGCAGCAGCAGCAGUGAGACACUCGAGACACAGACUUAACGACUGACUGAUAUUGAGAGUUAGGCAGGGACAGACGCAGAUUUAAUUGACGAAAACUUGGACAACAUCUAUCAUCAUAUUCGUGCAUUUGUUACGGCACAGAAAGUAGAACAAUCCAAUCCAAGCUCAAAAAUAAUUACAGAAAAAAAAACGUAUCAAGGAAGAGCGUGACAAAUAACGUACGAGUGAUUAAAAAUAAAUUAAGGUCACCACCACACACGAACCCACAGCCGCAAAAAAAUAAGAAAUGGCGUCCAAUCACGUGAGCAGCACGUGGCUCAGCGUGGUGACGAUAAUGGCACUCUUUUUGGCCGGUGGAUCGCGUUCAGCAAAGCUCGAGUGGAGGACAUUUGUCGAAGAUGAGUUCUUGAUGAUGGACCAACAGAAACCACAGCCCAUAUCAAUUUCCUCCCCAGUCACAAAAGGCGACCUUCCCGUCAUUAACACCACCGCCACCCUUGACAAGGAGGAAGAGCUCCUUGUGUCUAUUACAAAAACAACGAAGGCGACAAUUGUCUCGACGAGCAACCAGACUCCACUAGCGAAGUCAUCGCUGCAAGCUGAAGUCCAACGCCGUGUGAUCAGGAGUUUACACGUUCAGAUGGCGAAUCCUUCCACAACACAGAAGGUGGAGGCGCCGUUGCUUGUGCGACAUCCUCGAGGCGUGACGGAGGAAUUCUCGGGUGAAGGUCCGAUUACAUUCACAAGUUCAGUUUCUCCAACCCUGUCAACCACGACCACGACCGCGGCUACCACCACCACCACCACAACCACCACCACAUCUACACCAACGACAACAACCACGGCUGCAACCAUGGAAGAUGGAAGUGGCCUUUAUGAAACGACCUCUCACCCUGAGGCGGCCUCCACAGCAUCGGUCCACACUGGUGGGGCUGUCUUCACCUCCACCCAGCAUCUGACUCAAGAGACCGAGACUGGUAGUGGUUGGUACGAGACCACAAUCACCACUGCCACAACUGCCAUGACUACUGCUACCACCUUGUCGCUGAGUGACCAGCCCAACACGUCCAACUAUACGACCACAACUCACCAAGAAAUGUUCACGACUACUGACGAUGGCAGCGGGUUCUCGGAGUUUACCACAACAGUGACUUUGCAAACGGGGCGAACCAGCGAGCAAACGGUACUAACCACGUCCACCACCAGUAAUACGACUACGACGGUGAAGACAGGGGCAACAAGCGGGUCAACAGAGAUUCAUUCAGAGUCUCCAGGUGUGAUAUCCAGUUCGACUGCUCUCCUGUCAACUGCAGUAGCAUUCGUGACAUCCCAUUCAACCGAAACAGGCAGCGGAAUGUUUGAGUCAACUCCUGGAACAACUACCACCACCCAAUCUGCCGUGAUGACCACAGCAACUACCAGCAACGCAACCGGGGCUCCAUCAACAUCUGGAUUCAACUCACCAUCUACCGAAACAGGCAGCGGAAUGUUUGAGUCAACUACCAAAGCAACUACUGAGGCAACCGUGAUCACCACAGAAACUACCAGCAACAUAACCGGAGCUCAAUCAACAUUGGGAGUCAACUCACCGUCUACCGAAACAGGCAGCGGAAUGUUUGAGUCAACUACUGAAGCAACUACUGAGGAAACCGUGAUGACCACAGCAACUACCAUCAAUGUAACCGGGGCUCAAUCAACAUCUGGCAUCAACUUACCAUUUACCGAAACAGGCAGCGGAAUGUUUGAGUCAACUACCAAAGCAACUACGGAGGCAAUCGGAAUGACCACAGCAACUACCAUCAACGUAACCGGAGCUCAAUCAACAUCUGGCAUCAACUCAUCAUCUACCGAAACAGGCAGCGGAAUGUUCGAGUCAACUACCAAAGCAACUACUGAGGCAACCGUGUUGACCACAGCAACUACCAUCAAUGUAACCGGCGCUCAAUCAACAUCUGGUAUCAACUCACCAUUUACCGAAACAGGCAGCGGAAUGUUUGAGUCAACUACCAAAGCAACUACUGAGGCAACCGGAAUGACCACAGCAACUACCAUCAACGUAACCGGAGCUCAAUCAACACCUGGCAUCAACUCAUCAUCUACCGUAACAGGCAGCGGAAUGUUUGAGUCAACUACCAAAGCAACUACUGAGGAAACCGUGUUGACCACAGCAACUACCAUCAACGUAACCGGAGCUCAAUCAACAUCUGGCAUCAACUCAUCAUCUACCGAAACAGGCAGCGGAAUGUUCGAGUCAACUACCAAAGCAACUACUGAGGCAACCGUGAUCACCACAGAAACUACCAGCAACAUAACCGGAGCUCAAUCAACAUUUGGAGUCAACUCCAUGUCUACCGAAACAGGCAGCGGAAUGUUUGAGUCAACUACUGAAACAACUACUGAGGCAACCGUGAUGACCACAGCAACUACCAUCAAUGUAACCGGGGCUCAAUCAACAUCUGGCAUCAACUCAUCAUUUACCGAAACAGGCAGCGGAAUGUUUGAGUCAACUACCGAAGCAACUACCCAGACAAUUGUCAUGACCACAGCAACUACCAUCAAUGUAACCGGGGCUCAAUCAACAUCUGCAAUCAACUCAUCAUCUCCUGUAACAGGCAUUGGAAUGUUUGACUCAACUACUGAAGCAACUACUGAGGCAACCGUGAUCACCACAGAAACUACCAUCAAUGUAACCGGCGCUCAAUCAACAUCUGGCAUCAACUCACCAUUUACCGAAACAGGCAGCGGAAUGUUCGAGUCAACUACCAAAGCAACUACUGAGGCAACUGGAAUGACCACAGCAACUACCAUCAACGUAACCGGAGCUCAAUCAACAUUUGGCAUCAACUCAUCAUCUCCUGUAACAGGCAGUGAGAUGUUUGCAUCAACUAUUGAAGCAACUACACAGGCAACCGUGAUGACCACAGCAACUACCAUCAAUGUAACCGGGGCUCAAUCAACAUCUGGCAUCAACUCAUCAUCUACUGAAACAGGCAGCGGAAUGUUCGAGUCAACUACCAAAGCAACUACUGAGGCAACCGUGAUCACCACAGAAACUACCAUCAACGUAACCGGAGCUCAAUCAACAUCUGGCAUCAACUCAUCAUUUACCGAAACAGGCAGCGGAAUAUUUGAGUCAACUACCGAAGCAACUACUGAGGCAACCGUGAUGACCACAGCAACUACCAUCAACGUAACUGGGGGGCAAUCAACAUCUGGAAUCAACUCAUCGUCGACCAUAACAGGCAGCGGAAUGUUUGCGUCCACUACUGAAGCAACUACACAGGCAGCCGUUAUAACCACAGCAACUACCAUCAAUGUAACCGGCACUCAAUUAACAUCUGGCAUCAAUUCAUCGUCUACCAUUACAGGCAUCGGAAUGUUUGAGUCAACUACCGAAGCAACUACACAGGCAAUUGUCAUGACCACAGCAACUUCCACCAACGUCACUGGGGCUCAAUCAACAUCUGCAAUCAACUCAUCGUCUCCCAUAGCAAGCAUCGGAAUGUUUGCUUCAACUCGCGAAGCAACUACCCAGGCAACCGUAAUGACCACAGCAACUACCAGCAACGUCACUGGGGCUCAAUCAACACAUGGAAUUAACUCAUCGUCUACCGCAACAGGCAUCAACAUGUUUGUUUCAACUAGCAAAGCAACUACCCAGGUCACUGUGAUGACCACAGCAACUUCCACCAACUUAACCGAGGCUCAAGCAACAUCUGCAAUCAACUCAUCGUCUACCGCAACAGGCAUCGGAAUAUUUGAUUCAACUACCGAAGCAACUACCCAGGCAAUUGUCAUGACCACAGCAACUACCAGCAACGUCACUGGGGCUCAAUCAACACAUGGAAUCAACUCAUCGUCUACCGCAACAGGCAUCAACAUGUUUGCUUCAACUAGCAAAGCAACUACCCAGGUAAUUGUGAUGACCACAGCAACUCCCACCAACAAAACCGAGGCUCAAGCAACAUCUGGAGUCAACUCACCAUCUACCAAAACUGACAGUUUCCAAUCCGAGAUGUCGAUCAGUUCGGCAGCUAACCUGACAACCACCAACUCAUCUCAACGUCCAAUCUCCACCACCACAAGUCUGUUGAACUCUGAGAUGGCUACCUUAUCUUCCAAUGCAAGUAACCAGUCUCUCGCCAGUAUACUACCAACUGCACCUAUGGUAACAACAAUGACGACCUUGGGGGCUUCCAGAAGCGUGGGAGUUGACACGACUAGCAAAGCAAAUACCACGAUAUGGGCGACCACGACGACUGCUCAUCCAGCAACAUCUACUCACAACAGCAGCGAGGCAACGAUGGUCACAGCCGCAUCAACCGCUCCAGUGCUGAACACGACGCUUGCUCAGACACCCAUCGGAGCGAUCACCACCAAAAUACCAACGACCGUUCAAACGUCGACUGCCAAUGGUACCGAGAAGAGCAGCUCUGGGACGACCACGAUUGGACAGGCGGCCAAUGUUGGAACCACAACCACAAGUCCGACCUUCAGUUCCACCACCAACCAGAGUCAAUGCGGCAUCAAGAUGUCAAACUUUUAUCCGAUGUCCCAAACGAUGUACUCUGUGAGUGUGACGUGGACCUGGCCUGGCCGGCGGAGUACGGCUCCUGUCCCAAUGAUUGUGAUGAUCAAGCCGGUCGGGAAUUAUAUCCGUGUGGGCGAUAGCCACGGGAACGCCACCGUGGAGACAUCGAACAACAUGGUCACCAUGGAUGGACUGUCCCCGGGCACCAUCUACACAGUGACACUCCGAGCCAAAUACUGCAGCGGCCUGGAGGUCAACCGCUCCGUCAGCACUGAUGGCUUGGUGUUUCUCAUGACAUUCUCCAUCAAAAACUGGGACGCUAAUAACAAUGAGAAGGAUUUCAUGACAGAGCUUUACAAACGCAUGCGCGCCAAGUUCUUGAACAUGAGAGGCGACGUGAACUUCACGCUGCAAGUGGACAGGUUCAACGCCGUGGCCCGUCGCGUAGCCCGCGACGUCGGCUCCCCGCGCGCCCGGGACGCACGCGCCACUCUGCUGAACGUCGGCGAGUUUAACGUCCGCAUGGCAACGGACUCAGCCCUCAACCUGAGCUCGCCCGUGCUCGACCAAGUGAUGCAGUCCAUCUCGAACGAAAGCACAGACUACAGCUUCGUGGACGUGAAAGUGGCAGACUUUAACCCGUGCGCAAAUUACACCGUGGACGGCAACGACUGCGACCCGCACGCCGAUUGCAUUCCCAUCGGCGCCGGCUUGUUCACGUGCAACUGCUGGGCCGGGUACAACACCACAGACGGCGCAAAGAAGGGCACAGAAUGCAUAUUGGUAAACACAGGCACACCUCUCUCAACCACCAUACCUCUAUCAAGUUCAACCACCUCACCAUCAACACCUCCUGCAGAGUGGAACUGGCGGGCUCUGGUCAUCAGCCUCUGCGUUCUGGUUCCCGCCGCUCUGCUCGGCAUCAUAUUUUUAUCCCGCUUCCUAAUCGGUCGGCAUGGGACCUACACCGUUCAGAAGGAUUCCAAGGUUGGAAAUGCAGCGUCGCGGGCAGGCAAGGCGGUUGCACAUGCCUUGGAGGGGGCCUUCCAACGGCUCACAGCCAACACACACAAUUAUUCUGUGAAGACACAACUAGGAAGUUCCUACUCUGACUCCUACAGGCAUCUGGAGGAGCAGUGACCCCUUGAAUCCCAGCCUCGUUCUUUCUGUCCCAAUCCUGAGUCUGAAGAUAUUGAUCCUGAAACCUGAGCCUUCUCAUUAGACGGUCAAAACAGUCUUAAACACUGAUCCUGAAAUACAUAAAAAAAAGCCGAAUCUCAAGAUUAGUAUCAAUUUCCUUUAAAAAAAAAUCUAUCGUGUCUAAGCAUUCCUGAAGCCUCUCAAGUUUAUUGGCUAAUUCUUGGUCGAGACAACAACAACCAAGGCCAGGGUUUUCAUUCAAUAGAGCUUUAGGAUUCUUGAUAAUUGUAAGUGAGACGUAUUACCAAUCAGGAGUUUAGCUGUACACCCAUGUAGGCCAGCAUUCACAAUUGUAUGACAAGUAUCAGUUAACAUUGAGCAGGAUUCUCAGGUAAUCCAACGCAGAAUACUAAAAUAAUUGGGAACGGCACUCUCAGUUUAUGGAGGCUGGGUCCUCAAUGAAUGUCCUAUAAUCUCAGAAGUCUGCCUUCUUGAAAACAGAUGCGAAUUUCCAAAGUUUACUUGCUGGAAUUCCAGUCACUAUGUGUGGGAGAGUCUUAAAGGCCAAAGCAAACAAAAUAAUUGAAACAAAAACAUAACGUCUUGAAAAGUAGGAGUACCAAUAUAUAUAUAAAAUCCGCAAUUGUCUGUCACGUUCUGUAUGUCCCAGUCGGUCCAUCGGACAAAAAAAAAUAUGUAAAAAAUUGUUUCUCUGGACGAGAACAUUACGAGAAAUUUGUCAUCUUUCCAGAUUAACAACAUUUUGCCUAAUAAAUAUGAGAAAAUAACAUCGAAUACAAAGCAAUGGGAACUAACAUCUUCUGGAAGAAUGACUGACAUUUAAUUGCUAGAAUCCUUCAUUGCUAGAUGGCUUCCCCUUUGAUUUAUCUUUAAAACCAAUGUUGAGGCGUAAUUUCAGUGUCCCUUAAUCCACGCUUACAGCUUCGCCGUGUUGACGUUGGCCGGUCGGGCUGAGAGGCAACGUGAUGAUACCAGCGCGCGUAACGCUGAAUCCUCCCAACGCACGGGCUGGCAAGGGUGCGGUGAAGUUAUUAUAUCCCAAGCAAUGCUUGUAUCCAAAUACAAUGGGUGCUCAGCAAUAUUCUAAUUACUUUUUAAAAAAGGAUCCCCGUACACAUUGAUGUUAUGAAAAAGCUCAUCAAACAGUAACAUCACAGCUUACUUUACAAGCCUGCAUUUAGCAGGAUACGCGUCUAUCACGACAACUCAUUAUUAUUACAGCAAUGAUACAACACGAUCUUAGGACGAUAUACAGCUGUUCAAUAAAACUGUGAAAAUCUGCAAAUGGCAGGCUAACCGUGAAGGGUUGUGCCUGGAAAAUCGGGGCACAAAUUGGAGUAAAGAACGAGGCAAGGACGAGUUUCUCGUCAGAAGGGAAUUGGCCACACGUCCCUUCUUGAAAAACAAAUCUGAUGACUUAGUCUUUCCUGUUGAGAUAUCAGAAAAAAAAAUAAUAAAUGAACUAUGCACCAUAUAUGCUAAUUUAAAAAAACAUCUAUGCACAGGGUAGGCGCUGGGCUUUUAAAAUUCGUGGCCACUUAGUGUAUCAUUUAAUCUCCCACACUCAUGGCCAGAGUGAUAUCCGUGUCACUACGGUGGCUAUAGAAGGCCCAGAUGGUUAUUGCAAAUCGUGUGAACAGUCUGGUCGGUCGCGCUUCCAUGCCUGCAUCGUUUACGAAAUGAAUUUUGAUUACAUUUGAGAUAAAAGGGCUCGUGUUUGCUGCACAGACAUGGGUGACGUCACAUCAGACUGUUCCAUUUCGAAGUAUAGGCAUCUGGGUAGGGGUAAGUGGCAUUGAACAUCCUUAGAAACAAAAUGAAAAACAUUGUAUUAUGAAAUCAGGAAUGAUACACAUUCUCUAUUUUUUUCUGUCGAUAAAAUUUGGAAAUGUUGGAGAAGCUACGAAUUUGAUUUCGCUUGCUGAUGAUGUGUUAUAAUGAUUUCUCUGUCAUCUCUCAGCACUGCUAUAGGGAGAUGGUUUUAAAAUUGAGGAAACUUGGGGCGACUUUGUGAAUACAAUUUCAGUCCAAAUUGACUCGGUUUCAAAUUCGUAGUAUAGAAUUGAGACUCAAAAAAACCUAGUCUUCGACACACCAAGUCUCAGUCAUAGAUUUGAAACGCUAUGAAAUGUCAAGAUAUUGAAACUGAAAUUGGGUGUCACAAUUCUGAAGCCUCGCCUCCUGGAGACCAACCUCAGUCGAGUGAAUUCUGAAACCCAGUUUUAUAGAGCUGAGUAUUGAGAUUCUGAGCCUGAAACCCAUAUUCCAGGUGAAUCUCAAAACUGUGAUGCUGAAACCAAUGUCUGCAGUUGGCCAUUGUGCAGUGAUACAGCAACCAACUCUUAAAUUCUCACAAUGUGAAACCAUGUUUCACAUUGUGAGAGUGAGACUAGUGAAAGAUUCGAGUGUUAUAUUUCACACUCGUUAAGGGUUCACACGGAAUUAGACGUGUUGGAUUUCAACGAAUUUGGACUUCAGACACUAGGCUUGUUGGUGUGAGAUUGGGUCUAUGCUAAGCGAUUCAGGCUAGUGUGUGAGUCAUAGUGUUUGUUGGAUUCAAAUGAGUGCAUGUCAUCUGAAUAUACCUAGAGUUGAAGUGACUCUAAUUUUUUUUAAUUUUAUUUUUUAUUUUACCAUGUAAAGCCCUCUGAGCUACAUAGAGUAGCAGAUGUUUAGAACUGACCUGGUCACAUAUGAUAGCUCAACGAAGUGGCUUAUGUGGACAUUUAUAUCAGACAAAUGUUCUAAAUGCAUUUUUCUAAACUGGGAGGGGAAAAACCGGAGGACCCAGAGAAAAACCCAGGCGUCAGGGUCGGGGAUCGAAACCACGGCCUCCUGUAUCACAGGCGAGAGGGUGAACAUGUUACAACCAAGAGUUCACAUCUCAGGGCCAUGCCAGAGCACUGCACCAAACACCACUGAGAUUGUGAUUCAAGUCCUGGGAUGAGAUUAAUAAGGUUAUUCUUGUUGAGCAGGCUUGUCAAUAUCAAUCCAGUCACGAAUGUACAACGUUUAAAAUCCAUAUCUUAAAUUUGUUUUUGUUUUAUCUUCAGUUGGUUUAGAGCAGCUUUGAAACCAUAUACACAAAACAACAUCUCAAUAACAUAAGCUCUUAGAAUGGAUAUAUUUGCCAAGUGACUUUCUUACAAAGUUUAACGGAAAUGUAAAAAAAUUGCACGUAAAGAUGCAUCAACUCAACUAUCAAAAGAAUGUUUUAAGCUCAAAACAGGCAUCGCAUUGUGCAUGUGAGAAUGUAUUACUAUCGGCUGAUGUUAUGCUCACGUUGGAUUUUGGCUUAUAAUUCAAACAAAACGGACGUAAAAAUGGUAGAACCGAGGGAAAAAAUUAUCAAUUCGUGAAUUAAAAUGUCUUGCCGAAUUGUGAAAAUGCAUCGACUCGCUGUGGGAAUUGAAUCGUAACAAACCGAAUAGAAGUGUCAAGAUGAAUGGGCUAAAAAUGACAUCGCGACAAAUGUUAAUUUCGUUUUCGAGUCAAAGCACCAAUGUCUCCGUCACCAACAUUGGGGCGACUCGCCAAAGGGAUAUCAUAUGCUCUGGCUGCUUUGUCAGGGUGUGAAUCCCACUCCCUGCGUUUCUAAACUGCACCCGUCAAUGCUGUGCAAGAUAUGUGUCACUGAUCGAGCUCUGUUUGAACGUGUGUAAGCACAGUAGCAAUAUUUAUUAGCAGUAUACACGCCAAGACAGGUGGCUUGGAAGCAGUGAAUGUUUUUUGUACGCGCAGUUUAGAUUUUAUUUCGGCUGUAUUUGCUGAGUCGUGUUUAAAAUUGGAAGUAAAGCGUCACUUUUCACGUGUUUACAAUAUUUGAAUGGCAGGGAUAAUGCAAUAAAUUUCCGUAAUCAUA